CCAGGGAAAGCCAUGGAAACUUCAGGACCCUUCUCCCAGUCUCAAGACAGCAGUCGAAUCCACAGAGAAACAGAAGAUCUAGACGAGGGAGAAACAGAUUCCCACAAGCAACAUGGGAAGGCUGGAUUCUUUUCCCAAGAACAGUAUGAGAGAGAAAAAUCUUCCUCCUCCUCUUCUUCUUCCUCAUCAUCCUCCUCUUCCUCAGCUUCCUCCUCUGUAUCCAAGAGCAGUGAUGAGGACCAGCAACCCAGAGCAACCAGAAAGCAUGGCCGGAGCCGGGGGGCUGGACACCCCCACCCCCACAGGGAUGGUUCACCUGGUGCUGGGCAUGAGAGGCCUGACACUUCGAGGGAUGAACUUCAACUCUACGGAGAGUCCCCUGGAGAGAUGGUGCCAUCUGGGGAGCCAGGACUCCGAAGAAGAGGCUCUGACCCAGCAAGUGGAGAUGUGGAGGCCUCUCAGUUAAGAAGACUGAAUAUAAAGAAAGAUGAUGAGUUUUUCCAUUUCGUUCUCCUGUGCUUUGCUAUCGGGGCCUUGCUGGUGUGUUAUCACUAUUAUGCAGACUGGUUCAUGUCCCUUGGGGUCGGCCUGCUCACCUUCGCCUCCCUGGAGACUGUUGGCAUCUAUUUUGGGUUGGUGUACCGAAUCCACAGCGUCCUGCACGGCUUUGUGCCCCUCUUCCAGAAGUUCAGACUGAUGGAACUUCACAUCUCCCCAGACACUGUCUUCCUGGUGCUGGUAUUUGCUUACAGCCACUAG